AUAGGUGUUAUGGAAAAGUUAAAUAUUGGACCAAAGGAUCUCAUGAAAAUCAACAAGAAGUUAAUAUAUGCCAGAUUAACUGGAUAUGGUCAAACCGGUUCUUACGCAAAAAUGGCUGGUCAUGAUAUCAAUUACUUGGGCUUGUCUGGGUUACUGUCUCUGUUUGGCCGAUACAAUGAGAAACCCACGCCGCCCAUCAAUCUGGCCGCUGACUUCGGUGGCGGUGGCUUAAUGUGCGCUCUUGGAAUAAUCCUGGCGCUAUACGAACGACGUGAUAGCAAUGUCGGGCAAAUAGUGGACGCGUCGAUGGUAGAAGGGUCCGCGUACUUGGGUUCAUGGUUGUUCAGAUCGCAGAAAAUACCAAUACUGUGGGAAAAUUCACGUGGUAAAAACAUACUGGACACCGGUACGCAUUUUUACGACACGUACGAGACGAAGGACAAGCGUUACAUGUGCGUGGGAGCUCUAGAGCCGCAGUUCUAUGAAGUCUUCCUGGAGAAGCUCGGUCUCACGAACGAGGAGCUGCCGCAGCACACGAAUUUCGAGGAGAAUCGCCGUAAGAUCACGGAAAUCUUCAAGGGGAAAACCCAGGCGGAAUGGUGCGCUAUAUUCGACGGCACCGACGCGUGCGUGACGCCGAUGCUGAGUCUGAAGGACGCUGCUUCGCACGCUCACAACCGGCACCGGGAAACGUUCACGACAAUAGAAGACGACGUGAUACCAAAUCCUUCUCCUCGUUUGUCUCGCACGCCCGCUACUUCCGUGGGAACGCGAAAAAAUCCGCAGGCUGGCGAAAACACCGUAGAGAUCUUGACUGAAUUGAAGUAUCGAUCUAAGGAGGUCGACGAUUUGCUGUCGAACGGCUUUGCUUAUCAGGCGGACCUCCCUCGCACUUCUAAAAUCUAGCGGACAAUAUCGAAAAACGUUCGCUUCAAUCGUCGGAAAAUAUAGGAAUUUACCGCCGCCGAAAAGUGUGAUAUAUACUGGUUUGUAUAAAACUUACUUUAUUUGUCGGGACAUCGACUUUGUUAUAUAGUAUACACAAUCGCAUGCAUAAAUGUACACAUAUAUGUACAUACAUAUACACAGAA